AUGUCAAAUCCCUGGCUAAUAACAAUCCGUAGCCUUCUUCGGGACUUAAAAAGCUCUCUUCAACAUUCUCGUACGAAGAUUGCGAAACCCGAUAAAUCUCAACUCGAACAAUUGAACAUAUCAAUCCAGCAAACCUACCACAUAUCCGGCUUGGAUAAUUUCUGUGUUAUCGAAACCUUCUUGAACACCAAAUCCCGUCAAUCAGAUAUAAAUAUCAUGGCCCAAUUAUUUCGCUCCGAGUUCUUGACGGCCGAUUUUGCCUCUGAAUAUGUAUCUUCGCUAUUACUCGCAUGGAUUGAAGAUGAUAUGGGAGAACAAAUUGUUGAUGGUUUACGGACCAAAUGGAAGCCGGUAUUAAAAUUCCCAAACGAUACAUAUACUGAUGGUAUUCGAAUCGAGAGAAUCCUAUCCCUCCGACAACAACAACCACUACCAUCAAGGAAAAACCCCAUUUACAUUUCCUUCAUCAGCUCUAUACUUUAUUCUGUACCAUGGCAAGACAUGAAAAAGCAGUCGUCGUCGCAUAUAGAAACUAUUGAAGUACGAAUGAUAGUAGUAUACUCCCGAUGGGUACAAAUCAUUACGGCGAAAUCGACGCAAGCGUAUAUUACAUCCAUUAUCAAUGGAUAUAAUGACAUUGCAGGUGAAAUGCAAAUCUCUCAGACACCGUGGUUUAAUUUUUCGAGUAUUUUAGGGAGGCAUUGUGUUUUACUCGCUGUAUUUGAGGGAAUCAGGAUACGAAGUUCUGAUGUCAAUUUUAAGGCUCAAAUUCCUGAUCUCAAGGCGAAAGUUUCUCACGUUGAUUUUACGGUUAAAGAACAAUUUUCAAUGACGAGGAAGCGUAAGAUUUCAUCCACGGAAGAGUAUGAGAAUGGGAAUAAGAGGAUGAAGAGAUGA